CUGGUGUCUAUCCAUAGGAUGCAUCGUCAGGCUACAUGGACACAGAUCUGCUUCGGUGACGGGACGAGCCUCGGUGGCGAGCAGUCGGGCCAGCCGCUUCGUCGAAGCACCCGGUGGAUCCCAAAGGCAUCUCGCAACGGGCCGAGGCGGGCGUGCCAGCGCUGCCAGUCGGUGUUUAUGAGGCCGCUCUGCUGAUUGAAGUCGGUAGCUCCGAAGGCCUCGUGCAUCUUCUCUCGGACGAAUGAAGACGUCGGAGGGCCAGCAGGGGGAGCAAGGGGUAUACCGGGAGGCGGGCGGUGGGGAGUCUCGACCGCAUUGCAGAGGCAAGCGUAGCAGAUGCCCUUGCUCGAGGACGCCGGGCGGAUGUGGCAGCUGGCAUACUGGGGAGCGACAUACGAUGCGGAUCCGCCUCGUAGCGAAGACUCAUCCGAGUGGAAGCAACGAGGAUGAAUGGAGGGGGAGUUCGAAUCCUCGGCGGUACAGUUAUUGUCCUCGGGCUCUCGAUUCUCGCAUAUGCCUAGGUCACAGGAAUGGCAGUUGGUGCACUUCUUGCCCUUCUCCAAGCAAGGGCAGCCCCGCUCUUUCCCCUUCCUCUUGCAUCUCGAUCCAGUGGUCUUGUUCCGGUUCUUGUUGCAUGAGCAACACCGCACAGGACCAGCGGCUGGCUGCAAGGGCGGGGCAUCGUCUCCCGGCACUGCAGAGACGCCCUCUUGAGACGGCGGGGGCGGAUGGGCUGAGUCUGUUGAGACUGGGGUCGAUUCUGCACUCAUUCUCCAGAGCUGCUCGAGCUGGAUAUGAUGCUGGCAGGUGUGGCCCGAGCAGCCGUCAUAGUAAGGAGAAAAAGGGCCUCAGGCCCUGCGAGCUCAGACAAGCAAUCAUUAUUAUGUAUGAGAUUGCAAUGAAUGAAAAGAUACUUCAAAAUUCAAAAAAGCAAAACGGAAAUGUGGAUUCACAGGUGUUUGUAUCGAGUGUAUAGAAAACAAAUGUAAAAACUCAACUUAAACUGUAGUCUUGCAUUUUUUCUUUGCCACCCCCGUCCCCCUUCUACAUGCCUGUCCACACCCUCGUCCUUUUAAACGUUUAUCACAUUAGGACUUUCACAGGGGUUUCCACUUCUUUUCACGCUUUUUACCCUAUCCCUUUCAUAAUCUCCAUACGCUGAGAGUUUGACUUCGCUUUCGAACGCGAAAGCGAAGUCAAACUCCCAGCGUAUAGUCCUCCCUGUCCUCACCGGCCUUUUCGCACGAUGCCCCUACUAAUGUGAAGCCCAAACUGAAAAAAAGCGAAGAUUCUCAAAGUCGCCACCAAUCAUGCGCACGCCAACGCGAAUUGGAAUUCUGGACGAAUUUUCGUCUCUUUUUUUUCAUACAAGUUUCCAUAUAAGAAUUUUUCGGGAAGGGUUCAGAGUUCAAAAACGCAUCGUCCGCGGUACGCCGAAUUCAACCGUCAGAAUGCUCUCGCAUGUUGCCAUUGAUAUUGUACUCUGAUAGCGUUUCCACUAUGUGGAAAGGCCGGUAAGAGCCUUCCCGAAUCAGUUGAAUAGCUGAGGAUCAACUGGGCGGUAAGUCGUAGAGUCAAGAGUGCUUUCACUUCACUGAGACGGACAGGUCACACAUUAGUGAUAUACUGGUGUCUAUCCAUAGGAUGCAUCGUCAGGCUACAUGGACACAGAUCUGCUUCGGUGAUGGCUGGACAGAUCGCUCUGCACUGCCAAACAUCCAUAUACUCAUGCAUUUAUGCAUCUACAUGACCCGUGGCCAACAAAGAUCCACUCUCUAGCUCGCAUUCCUCCCUAGUUCGCCUUGCUGGCUGGUUUUGACAUCCACUGCUGCAGUAUAGUUUAUUUCGGAGCCAUUUUUACGGACGAUCACUUCGAUCGACAACUUGAACAGGAGGGGUCCGCCAGAGGCAGAAGCUGAAGGACGAGCAUUUGAAGCACUUGCGCCGGCUUGCCCGCAUUCUGCAGAGUUGCCGACACGACUGGACUUGCCUUCGCCUCUCCGGCAAGCUUCUUGGUGGAACUAAGCUCGCCGCUAUGGGAAGACUGCGGUCGUAUCUGUUUUUUCUACUCAUCGGCUCGGUGCUGGCCACUUCGGGAAACUUUCCAGCCGGUUUCCUUCGGAUUCCAUCGCGUCGUCCGGUGGCACGGAGGGCCGGCGA